AUGUCGAACUGGGGGCUGCGGCUGAAUCCGUUUAAAAAGAGCUAUUCGCAGCUCGAAAUGGACCAGAUGCGCUUUGUUCACCAAGCGUACUGUGAGUCCAUGGAGGUGAGCGAGGAGGAUCUUCCUACGGCGCUCAAAAUGGAUGACAACUUUUACCCUCUACACAAUCCUACCCUUUCGGACUUUGACGAGAACUCUUAUCUUCGCAAGAUGCAGGAUGUUGUAGGUCUGCUGCGGAAUCCUGCUGAGGCCAUUAUCUCGAGCAUUUGUGCUUACCAACGAGAGCGCUACGACCGAACCUUUACUUUUUCAGGUUACCUCAAUGAUCCGCGCACUUUAUUACUAGAAGAAUUUAAAGACUGGGCCAUGCGGACACUGGCACCAGCCUCAUGCACAACAGAAUCUAUUUUAAUUGAGGUACGACGUCGACACAGCUAUGUAUUAAGGCUACAGCACGGACAGCAAGGCCUGUUUCACUCUGGUUCGGGCGAGCGCUCGCUGAUCGGUACGCUUAAAGAUGUUAGAAAUGUCAUUGAAACGCGAGUGCUCCCCACAAUUGAGACAGAGCGCGCCCACUCGUCAGCAAGAGAACAACUACAUACACUGGAAGCCCGCGGCACAGAUGGACUCAUGCACGGUGUGCAGUUUCUGUUUUAUGUGCUGCGUAAUACGCCCAACACACCUGCAGACUGCACAAUAAGCAACUUACAAAGUCAACAACAUGCAGGUAUGAAGGAUGCUAUGAGCAGCAAGUCAGGGCAAAUGCUGGGGGUGCUGCUUACGACGCCAUCGUUUAAAGAACUAUUUCCACAAAAUCAGGCAGCAAUUUCUCCACAGGACUCGCUGCCAUCGCUGCUCUUGACAAAUGAAGAAGAGGAGGAAAUGAACCGAACAGCAGUAUUUUGUGAUACUGAUGCAAAUCCGCAAGUGCCGUCAGUGCUAACGCGAGAGGUUCGUCGCAACUCCAACCCGAAUGAGGGAGCAAUAACUCCAUCCCAGUUUCUGCAACAAAGCAACUCGGGUGUCGUUGCGCUUCGCAGAGAGGUUCAAGAAGAAACUUUUAACGCUUUUACUAAGCUCCAUGGUCUACUGAAGCUGUUAGCAGAUCUGCUAGUCUCGUGUCGAAAAGCACGACAGCUUGCUGGUCCAGGUGGUGAUUUGCUUGUGUAUGGACCUGGAGGCGAAGAAAUUCGUCGGUUGAUGCAAUCACUUGAGGCUGUACAGACAGAGAUUAGUAAGGAAGUAAGCCAGCUCACGCGCAUCGGUGUUCGUGAGCUGGAUCGUUUAAAGCCUAACCAGGAGAAAGCUUGGCGCUGGAGUUUUAGCAAAGUACUGCCUCUUGAAGGGUAUUUGGCCCGUGAUUUUGGAGCUUGUGUGGAGCCUAUCCAGCGUAUGUACGCAAGUGCUGACCCAGUACACGUACAGAAGAUGUACAAACAAUUCAAACAAGCCACAGGAUUGUGGGUUGAGGAAAAUAGCUCAAUAUGCCGGUAUGUCACAGCAGCUUUGGGCGGAGGCUUUAUUGAGGGUGCAGCCCACAAGCAUAAACAAUUACCAAGUAGUGAGGAGGAGCCCGAAGGUCAUGCAAAAAUUGAGCUGCUUGAAGACGAUAGCCCAUCACAAAUGAGCACUGCGCUUGUUGUGGCAGGAUCCGAAAUUGGUCGUCAGAACAGCAACAGCCAAAAGAGUUUGCCGGUUGUUGGAGAGAACCGGAUCCAGUUGCUUGAUGGUGAGAAUAUUGAAAAUGAAUCAAGUGCAGAAAACCGGAUUGUGGUGGCAAACAGAGCCGAAGCUCGCGCGCCAAAGAAACAGUCAAGUUCAGAAGGCAACUCAUUUUUCUCAUCGCUCGUAUCGUGGGGCGUUGGUGCAAAGACUCCACCAAAAUUAAAGGAUAACGUGAGCAGUCCGAUAAAUUCCGAAACAGACGAAGACGAAGAAGUUGAGAAAGGAUUAUCGUCGUCUAAAUUAUCGAAAGAAGCCGCUGAUAUCGCUGCUGCUCAGGGCGGUGUGCUCGACACACUUUUACUCGUGCGUCAAUCAAUUCAGCGGAUUGGUCAGCUGUCGUGGGGCGUUCGAACAUCGUUUCACACUUCGUCCAUUGAUGAAGGCGACUUUGACGCUUUUAUUGUCUUGUGCUCGAUUUAUGAAACUGUUGGCGUCCCUUGCUCCAGCGACUUGCUGCUCCGUGUAAGGUCGCACCGUACUCGACUUGCUCAGCUUUUAAAGAAACACAUUCAAUCUAUUCUCAAUUGCGUCGUUGUACUCCAGCGACGAAUUGUGGAUGAAGAGAAAAGCAUUCCUGGAAUGACGCUAAUCUACCGACGAUUGAGUCUGAACCUUUCAAAUUUUGAGAGCGAGAUGGACAACCUGCUUAAUAAUUUUAAAGAAGUGAUGAUGGAGUGCUCGAAAAUGAAGGCAGGCAUUCUCGCGAUGCCGCUAUCGCAGCAGCGUGAAUCAAAUGAUGUAAUUGGCAUGGGUGCCUAUGCGUACAACUCGAUUAAUGCUCUCACAUCUAGCUUUGGUGGUGCUCGUGUCCCUUCUGCCGCGAUACUCUCGCAUGGAGAGUACAUGACGCAGUUAAGAUCUCAGCUAGAUCUGCAUUGGAAUAGUAUCUCGCAUCUCUUCCAAAGCCUUCAAGGCACUGUGGAAGCUGUUGCUACUGCUGAUGACCGUCUCAGGGGAUACAGCAAGUUUCCAGACAUCACCGUUCCCCCACAGCAGCUAGACUACAUUUUUGAAUUUAACUACGACGGCUUUUUUCGUCAGACGACAAAAGACUUAGAAGUUUUGCUUGCUUCGUUCGAUGCGUCCAAGUGA